CAGAAAAAGACACAUUUUAAAACCUAAAGCUUCUUCAUUUCUUCAACUGCUUCACUUUAUUGUUAAAAAAAAAUAAUCUUCGAUAUGUCAAUGGACCUCGACCCUGAUGAAGUCUUUCGUGACGAUGAAGAUGACCCUGAAAGUGAAUUCUUCAAGGAAAGAGAUGCUACUAAGGAAUUAUUGGUGUAUCUUGUGGAUGCUUCACCUAAAAUGUUUUCCACUACUUGCCCAACGGAUGAUGAAAAGACUGCAACUCAUUUUCAAGUGGCCAUCAAUUCCAUUGCACAAUCUCUCAGAACUCAGAUUAUUAAUAGGUCUUAUGAUGAAGUUUCUAUAUGCUUCUUUAACACUCGGGAAAAAAAGAACUUGCAGGACCUAAGUGGUGUUUAUGUAUUUAAUGUUCCAGAAAGAGAGGAUCUGGACAGACCAACAGCUAGGGUAAUUAAAGAAUUUGAUCGAAUAGAAGAAAGAUUUGAUAAAGAAAUAGGAAGUAAGUAUGGAAUUGUGCCUGGCUCUCGUGAAAAUUCUCUUUACAAUGCUCUUUGGGUUGCACAAGCCCUUCUCCGUAAAGGAUCUGCAAAAACUGCUGAUAAACGCAUUCUCUUGCUUACAAAUGAAGAUGAUCCUUUUGGCAAUCUCAAAGGUGUCAUAAAAGUGGAUAUGAUGAGGACAACGCUGCAGCGUGCCAAAGAUGCUCAAGAUCUUGGUAUUGCAAUUGAGCUUCUUCCACUAAGCCGGCCAGAUGAUGAGUUCAAUGUUUCCCUUUUCUAUGCUGAUUUACUUGGUUUGGAGGGUGAUGACCUUGCUCAGUUCAAGGCUCUGGUAGGAGAGAGGUUUGAAGAUCUGAAAGAUCACCUAAGAAAACGCAUGUUUAAGAAGCGGAGAGUUCGAAGACUUAGAUUUGUGAUUUUUAAUGGAUUAUCUAUCGAACUUAACACCUAUGCUUUGAUCCGUCCAACUAAUCCCGGGACAAUUACUUGGCUUGACUCGAUGACUAAUCUUCCUUUGAAGACUGAGAGAUCCUUCAUAUGUGCUGAUACUGCUGCUAUAAUUCAGGAGCCUCCAAAACGCUUUCAGUCUUACAAAAAUGAGAACGUCAUGUUUUCUGUGAAUGAGCUUUCAGAAGUCAAAAGAGUUUCAACCGGACAUCUUCGUCUUCUGGGCUUCAAGCCAUUGAGCUGCUUAAAGAAUUAUCAUAACCUGAAGCCAGCAACUUUUGUCUUUCCCAGUGAUGAGGAAGUGAUUGGAAGCACUUGUCUUUUCGUUUCUCUCCACAGAUCAAUGUUGCGGCUUAAGCGCUUUGCAGUUGCUUUCUAUGGAAAUUCAAGUCAUCCUCAAUUGGUUGCUCUUGUUGCACAAGAUGAAAUAAUGACUCCUAGUGGUCAAGUUGAGCCACCAGGGAUGCAUCUCAUUUAUCUUCCAUAUUCUGAUGAUAUCAGACAUGUUGAAGAGCUUCAUACUGAUCCUAAUUCCGUGCCUCAUGCCACUGACGACCAGAUAAAGAAGGCCUCCGCUUUAGUGAGACGUAUUGACCUCAAAGAUUUUUCUGUGUGCCAAUUUGCUAAUCCUGCAUUGCAGAGGCAUUAUGCAGUAUUACAGGCUCUUGCACUUGAUGAAGACGAGAUGCCUGAAAUUAAAGACGAGACUCUUCCAGAUGAAGAAGGGAUGGCCAGGCCUGGUAUUGUCAAAGCAUUGGAAGAAUUUAAGCUCUCGGUAUAUGGAGAGAACUAUGAGGAAGAGGACUCAAAUAUUGAUGGAAAAGCUGAACCCUCUAAGAAACGAAAAGCAAAUGCUAUGAAAGAAUAUGCUAACUAUGAGUGGGCUGACCUUGCAGAUAAUGGGAAGUUGAAGGACUUGACAGUUGUAGAAUUGAAGUAUUACCUAGGUGCACACAACCUUCCAGUCACUGGAAAGAAAGAAGCCCUGAUUAGUAGGAUCUUAACUCACAUGGGGAAGUGAAUUGUGACUAUUUCAGAUCUUUGGCUGUCUGCCAUAAGUUUGUGCAGCAUGGUUAUUUUUAUUGCAGCCUGUUGAGUAGGUAGUUUUUCUUUCUAUUUGAGACCUUUAUGUCUUGGCAUUAUUAUGGAAAUUAAAAGGUCUUGUUACCUUUUGCUUCA